AAAUAAAUUAAACUACUCUGAAGACUGAAUUUAAAUAAGAGACGGAACAAAAUCAUUCACCAUCCGGUGGCCGAACGCUGAAGCAGAGAAAACAAAACAAAAAAUCGAUACUCUUCAGAAAUUUUCAGAGAUAAAAAUAUUCUAAGAUGAGCCGCCAUCCUCCUGUCAAAUGGGCCCAGAGGUCUGAUGUACUCUACAUAACAGUUGAGUUGCCUGAUGCCCAGGAUGUUAAGCUCAAACUGGAGCCAGAAGGAAAAUUUUAUUUCUCUGCAACUGCUGGUGCAGAGAAGAUUCCUUAUGAAGUUGACAUUGAUCUGUUUGACAAGAUUGAUGUAAAUAAUAGCAAAGCCAGUGCUGGUUCAAGAAAUAUCUGCUACUUUGUGAAAAAGGCUGAGAGCAAGUGGUGGGACAGAUUGUUGAAGCAGGGAGGGAAGACUCCAAUCUUCCUGAAAGUGGAUUGGGAUAAAUGGGUUGAUGAAGAUGAGGAGCAAGAGCAAGAUAAUAAACCUACAUCUGAGAUGGACUUUGGUGACAUUGAUUUUUCUAAGUUGAACAUGGGAGGGGGUGAAGGAUUGAAUUUUGAUGCUGCAAGCAAUGAUGAUGAUGAUGAGAGUGACACAGACGAUGAAGUUACAGCAGAAGCAUCAUCUAGUAAUGAACUAGUAGAUAUAAAUGACCCGGGGGGCAGAGAUCCAAGUGAUGCACCUGAUGCUAAAGCAUAGAAGAAUUAAGAAUCGUGAACCGAAACACAGCCUUGACUGUGCAAGAAAAAUCGAUUCCUGAAAGCUUGCUUACAGAAAACCUUCGCAGGGUUAACUGGUGGUUCGGUGCUGUCGUGUUCAGUUAUUUUCAGCUAUGUGACCCGGGAUUUUUGACAAGCUAGACAUAUAUGCGUUGGCCAUACAUAAUACUGUUUAAGAAUGUUGUCUUUGUUUCUCUUAGAAUGCAGUGAACAAUGAGUUAUGAGAUCUAUACUUUUCUGUGAAAUUACCCUUGCUCUGAGCAAUGACAAACUUACAUGUAAUGUUCAUUUUAGCAUGUGUUUGGAGCAGUUGGACGUGAACUAAACAUGAAACAGCCACUUACAAAAGAAUGCAAAACAGGUUUGGUUAUAAUUUCGGGAUGAUUA